AUGGAAUUAGAGGAAUUACUGGAAGGUGGGGGUUGCUCUGAAGCUGAGCACCGCCUGUUUGAAAAGCUCUUUAACAAUGGGUACAACGACAUGAUCCGGCCCGUAGCCAACGUGUCGGAUCCAGUCAUCAUUCAGUUUGAGGUGUCCAUGUCCCAGCUGGUGAAGGUGGAUGAAGUGAACCAGAUCAUGGAGACAAACCUAUGGUUGAAACACAUAUGGAACGAUUACAAGCUGACGUGGAAUCCAGCCAAUUACAGCGGGGCGGAGUUUAUUCGUGUUCCCUCUAAAAAGAUUUGGAAGCCGGAUAUUGUUUUGUACAACAAUGCAGUUGGAGAUUUCCAGGUAGAUGACAAGACCAAGGCCUUGCUGAAAUACACCGGAGAAGUGACCUGGAUUCCUCCGGCAAUUUUUAAAAGUUCAUGUAAGAUAGAUGUGACGUAUUUUCCAUUUGACUACCAAAACUGCACCAUGAAGUUUGGCUCCUGGUCCUACGAUAAAGCUAAGAUCGACUUAGUUUUAAUAGGCUCUUCUAUGAACCUCAAGGACUACUGGGAGAGUGGAGAAUGGGCAAUUAUCAAAGCUCCCGGAUACAAACACGACAUCAAAUACAACUGCUGUGAUGAGAUUUACCCAGAUAUCACCUACUCUCUCUACAUCAGACGCCUGCCUUUGUUCUAUACUAUCAACAUGAUCAUUCCCUGCCUGCUGAUUUCUUUUCUGACUGUACUGGUGUUCUACCUGCCUUCAGACUGCGGGGAGAAGGUGACUCUGUGCAUAUCGGUCCUUUUGUCUUUGACUGUGUUUCUGCUGGUGAUCACCGAAACGAUCCCCUCCACGUCUCUGGUGAUUCCCCUGAUUGGAGAGUACCUCCUUUUCACCAUGAUCUUCGUGACGCUGUCCAUCGUCAUCACUGUAUUUGUUCUGAACGUGCAUUACCGAACCCCCAAGACCCACACGAUGCCCCAGUGGGUGAAGACUAUAUUCUUAAACCUGCUGCCCAAGAUAAUGUUCAUGACCAGGCCAGGAAGCAACGAAUGGAACGCACAGAAGUCGAGGCCGCUCUACAGUGCUGAGCUUGCGAAUUUAAACUGCUUCAGCGGUUCGGGUUCGAAGUGCUGCAAGGAAGGUUUUAUUUGCCAGGAUGCGGCAUGCAGUUACUGCCAUCAACAGCGGAUAAAGAUCUCUAACUAUAGUGCCAAUAUCACACGAAGCUCAAGCUCUGAAUCUGUUGAUGCUCUGCUUUCCAUUUCAGUCCUGUCACCGGAAAUGAAAGAAGCCAUUGAAAGUGUCAAGUACAUUGCGGAAAAUAUGAAAAUGCAAAAUGAGGCCAAAGAGAUACAAGAUGAUUGGAAAUACGUUGCCAUGGUAAUCGAUCGCAUUUUUUUAUGGGUUUUUAUUCUGGUAUGUAUUCUAGGAACAGCAGGGUUAUUUUUGCAACCCCUGAUGGCAGGAGAGGAAAUGUAGAUAUUUAAAACACAUGAAUUAUAAAAGGCUGUUGCUACCCCCACUGACAAAAGCUCACAUUCUAGGUCGGUAUAUGACAUAAAGUUUCUCUCCGCAUUCAAUAUUCCAUUAGUAGCACAAAGAUUUCUCUUCAUUUCACUGUAAAUAACCUCUCUUUCCAAAACGUUAAUGUUAACGCGAAGUAACAGAGUUGGACCUAGGUAUCUUUCAAGAAAAGAGAGAGACAACAGUGUAAGUAAUGUUUGCAUUUGUAAUAAUAUGAAAAUAUGGGUCCUGGGUUGAAAAACCGUGCACAUAUCUGCAUAAGCAAACCUGAUGGUAGAGUGAAAAAGUUCAUGGAACCAACCAGUUUUUGUUGGGUUUUUUUAAUAGCACUAGAAUGAACAAGUUCAUUAAUGAACAGAAGGCUUUACAAUAAUAAUUUUGAGGCACAAAUGGAACCAAUAAGAUUUUAAAAUUGUAAAUUGGGCUGGGGCAGACAAAAAGCAUCCAUCAGUGCCACAGGAGGGUUUCUUUAUACAAACUCCUCAUUGGUAACUGCACAUUUUAAAACAAACCCCUGAUUUCGGUUUCUUCAGGGAAUCUAGGACAUUUUAAAUUUUGAAACUCAAAAUCUCUUACCAGAAAAGACUGCAGCUGCCACCGUCCUCUUCUCCCUUCCCCCAAUCAGAUCUUUAAUAAUAAAAUCAUAUUUGAACAUUUACU